GACACAGUUUCUCCCCCAGGCUAAGGAGAUACGGGCUCAGCUCGUCGGGAGGAAGUAUAUAGUGAAGUGCUACAGCCACAGUUUUGCUGUUGGAUUCUAGACACAGGUGCCCAAGUCAGUGUGACCGCCAGUGGGUGAAAACCUACCUCCAUACGUCCACUAGAUAAACGAAUAGGAAAGAAAGCUCUCAGUGCAUAACACAUUUCAGAGCAAUGCAGUAGGCUACGGUUUUCGCUUUCUUCACAUCCGAAGUUCCGUGGAAUCAAGUGUAGAAGACGGACACCACAUCUUCGGAUCAGAUUCGUUGCAAAACUAAUGUCAGUCGGUUAGACUGUGGGAAUUAUUUCUUAAUGCGUGCAUCUGAUUGUUGCUAGCUGCUUAUCGUAUCUGUCACGUCUGAAAAGAUGAAGAUUUUAAACAAGGCUGAAUUACAGCAAGCAGAAAAGGUCCUGCACUCACACUUACCAAAAAGUAUCAAGGUCUAUGGAUUUCUGUUUGCGAUGAAUAGAGACAAACCACAUACUCUAGAGGUUGUUGUGGACUCCUGGCCUGAUUUUAAAACCAUCAUUUGUCGACCGCACCCACAGAGUGAACUGCUUUAUAAAAAAGUGACUUUAUUCAGUACUGAUGAGAAGAUUCUGAAGAGAAUGUUGACAGAAGACAACUGCUUGGACUGGAAUCAAUACUUCAAAAUUGGGGGGAUGGACAUCCAUCAUGCCACCACGUUGAAGGUCAUCUCUGAUGCAAAAGGAGUCACAUUCAGACAGUGUUUUUUUGUCCAUCUCCUGGAAUUACAAGACCCAAGUCUCUUUCCUCAGCUGACAGUGAGCAGAGAUGUGGAGGCCAGGAUCUCCUCCCUGAAUGAAUCCCAUGUUGGUUUGGUGAAUGAAACCUGGAAAUUUGGAGAUGAUGAAAAAGGUUUUCAACUAAUCAAACAUCUGAUAAGCCACUUCCCCACAUGUUGCAUCACUGAUGAAGAAGGCCGUCCAGUUUCCUGGGUGCUGCUGUAUGAUUACUGUGCCAUGGGGAUGCUGUACACCCUGCCAGAGCACAGGGGGAAGGGCUAUGCCAAGAUCCUGGUGAGCACCAUGGCAGCAAGGCUCCAUGCCCAGGGUUACCCUGUGUACUGCUACAUCGAGGAGGAGAACCAGGUCUCCUACAGGCUCUUUAAGAAACUGGGCUUUACUGAGGACCCCUCCUACAGGGCUGCCUGGUUUGAGUUCAACUACUAAACCAGUAUUUCUUGUUAGGAAAAUUACAAGUGAGGUGGGGUGACUUUGCUGAAAUACCUGUUAUGUAGGUGUUUGCAAUAGAGCAUGGCCUGUGAUUUUGUGUUUGACUCGCAGUUACUUAGCCUGUGAUGUAUUAGUGUUUGACUCGCACUGUUAUUUAGCCUGUGAUGUAUUAGUGUUUGACUCGCACUGUUAUUUAGCCUGUGAUGUAUUAGUGUUUGACUCGCACUGUUACUUAGCCUGUGAUGUAUUAGUGUUUGACUCGCACUGUUAUUUAGCCUGUGAUGUAUUAGUGUUUGACUCGCACUGUUACUUAGCCUGUGAUGUAUUAGUGUUUGACUCGCACUGUUAUUUAGCCUGUGAUGUAUUAGUGUUUGACUCGCACUGUUACUUAGCCUGUCAUGUAUUAGUGUUUGACUCGCACUGUUACUCGGCCUGUCUUUUUUGGAUAAAGGCAAUUUCAAAAUGUUGAAUUUCAAGUUUUUUUCGAUUAAAACCAGAUCUCAAAUUCUCCAAUU